AUGGAUGACUCUCCGCGAUCUUCUAAGCGGAGAAAGCUCGAUACUCCAAAGCGCACCGAAUCGAGCCCAUCAACAAAACCGUCGACACGGAAAACCCCUGGCAGGCUUGCGACCCGAUCCGCCGCAAAUACGAAGGGUGAUUCUGUACAGGAUGAUGCAAAGAAGCCAGCACCAGUGCGCAAGGGUCGAUUGACCAAGAGCGCAACAAACGGUACGCCGGCGAAGCGUGCGGCAGAAGAGGAGAUCGAUGUCUAUGAUGAUAUCGAGGGCGCAUUGAACGUCGAAGUAUCCUCGCGACCAAUCCGAGCCCGUAAACCGACACAGAAAGCAACUAAAGAAAACACUCCGGUUGCUACGCAGGACAAGGAGGAGAUACAAACAACCACUCCACCCAAACGACGAAGGGGGCGACCUACAAAAGCGGAAAGCGCACGUCGGGCCGCUCUGAAGGAGGCCGGCGGCGAGACAGGAGGAUCCAAAGAUGCUGUCACGCCUGUUAAGCCUGCGAAGGCUGUCCGGAAGCCAGCUGUGUCCACGCGCAAACCAGCAGCCCCACGAGCAGGUGCUUGGAAGAAGAGAGAGCCUAGCCCCAUCGCAGAAGAGGAUGAAGAGGCAGAUGAGCUGCAAAACAAUAUCAAGGCCACUAAGCUCUCGAAGCCACGCUCAAUACGGAAGCCAGCUACCAGUACACAGAAAAAGGCUACAGCGCUGGAAUCAGAAUCAGAAGAGGCGAUUGCAGUGACGCCCUCCAAAUCAGCCAAGCGACGAAAGCCUGUAGGAGAGCAAACAACCAUACCAGAGAGUGCCGACGAACUCGGCGACGGCUCUCCCACAAGCAACAGGAAGCUGACUGCUAGUGCACGAAGACGCUUUAACCGCACAGACAACAUCGCGAAUAACGACGAAGAGCGCUGGUCGAAUGCGGAAGAUCAGACCAAUGGACACGACGAGGACGAAAUGGAAGUAGACGGGAACAGCCUCCUGGAUAGCGUGCUGGACCCCACCGAACCGAGUCCCUUCAACAAGCCUACUUCAGCUCAGAAAGAGAAGCUCGCUCCUUCGGUCAUCUACAGCAACCUGGUACCGGGUCGUGAGCUUGAUCUACUGAAGACAGUCGUCAUGGAGCGUAUUACUGGCAAACGUCCCUCACCUCUAGUUGGUUUAGACGAGGAGUACAAGUCCGUGUACCAGCUUGUCGAACAUACCAUCACCGCUGGUGAAGGCAAUUCAAUGCUUGUCAUCGGAGCUCGGGGCAGUGGAAAGACCGCGCUCGUGAACAAAGUUCUUUCUGAAGUCUCCAAAGAUAACGGUGGCCAAUACCAUGUCGUACGACUCAAUGGCUUCAUUCAUACAGACGACAAGAUCGCGCUGCGGGAAAUCUGGCGUCAGCUGGGCAAAGAGAUGGAUAUCGAGGAGGAUGGUAGCGGGCCAGGAAAAAAUUACGCGGAUACCUUGGCGACGCUGCUUGCUCUACUUUCUCACCCUUCCGAACAAACUGGCGAAAUGACUGAUGAGGUCGCCAAAGCUGUCGUCUUCGUGAUGGAUGAGUUUGACCUUUUCGCUCAACAUCCCCGCCAGACAUUGCUUUACAAUCUAUUCGACAUUGCACAGUCACGAAAAGCGCCCAUCGUGGUAUUAGGGUUGACGACACGCAUCGAUGUGACUAACAGUCUCGAGAAGCGAGUCAAGAGUCGCUUCAGUCAUCGCUAUGUGCAUCUCAGGCUGGCGACGACUUUUACUGCGUUCCAAGAAACAUGCAAAGCCUGUUUGUCAAUACAGCCAGAGCAACUGAGCAUCGAGGAGAGAGGUAUACUAGAGGGUGGUACCAAGGGUACGCCAGCAAAGAAGGGAAAGAAGAGCGAUACGCAAGAAGAUGCGCUAUCACAAUGGAACUCCAAUAUUUCCGAACUCUUCGCAUCGCGCUCUUUUCUAACCCAACAUCUUGCACCAUCCUUCUACCUCACAAAGUCCGUCCCACAAAUCCUAACCUCUUUCCUCCUUCCUACCGCCACCCUUUCCCCCACCAAACCCUUCCAACCCGCCAACCUGCUCAACUCUCCGGAUUCCAAAUUAUCUCUCGUUCCCUCGCUGUCGCAGUUAUCUCUUUCCCUUCUUAUCGCCGCUGCAAGACUAGAUAUCAUCCACGACUCUGACACGUGCAACUUCAACAUGGCCUAUGACGAAUACGUUACCCUCGCAUCACGGGCCCGCAUUCAGUCGGCAGCUGGUGGACUGAGUUCAAGCAGCGGGGCGAGUAAAGUCUGGGGUAAAGAUGUAGCGAGACGAGAAUGGGACGGUCUUGUUGACCUGGGUUUGGUUAUGCCGGUUAUACAAGGACAGGUUGGCGCGUUUGGCAUGGUGAGGUGUGAUGUUGCUUUAGAAGAGGUGGGUGAGGUAUUGAAGGGAAUCAAGGGGGGUGAUAAGGGGUUGGAGAGGUGGUGUAGGAGUAUUUGA